AUGGCAGACAUCGGGAACCUCCCAGUCCAAAGAUUUAUCGCCGAAUAUCAAGCAUGGCAAGCCAUCAACUCCCCAACCCUCCCCCCAACACCCGCAGCGAUUGUCGUCGGAGUAUACAACGCAAGCAGACACACUGUAUAUAACCCCGGCGCUCCUGUCGGUCCACCACCCGCAACAGGUCCAACCCAACGACAGAGCAUCAUCCCACCUAAUAACAAACCGGCCCUCGCUCCUGCACCUACACCGGGUAUCUUCCCAGCUUGGACUGCACCAGUUGCGCCGGAUGUGUACAAUGCUGCGAAUUGGAGAGGAGUCAAACAACUUGGACAAGGUGGAUUUGGAACUGUAACACUCUGGGAGUACAUUGGUCCCCAGCCUGCUCCACCACGAGACAAGAUCGCCGUCAAACUAGGCGCCAAUCCGGACCUGUGGCUAAGAGAUGAAGGCUGGUACAUGGAAGAUCUUGCACAAGGCAACUCGCAGCAUAUUGUGAAGCUUCUGGUAAAUCCCGUGACGAUUGUUACGCCAGCCAUGGCUGCGGCGGAAGGGUUAGGCCCGGGCUGGCCUGGGACGGUGAGGAGGUUGAUCAUGGAAUAUUGCCCGCAAGGAUCGAUGCGUAAAUUGAUAGAUAUGCGCAGAGAACGUAACAUACGCUUCGAAGAACUCACUCUAUGGCGGAUCUUCGAAUGUCUCGUCGACGGCUGUGCAGUCUUGGAGCACGGAUUGGAGUUCCACACUCCCCCCAAUGGUGUCGCGCAAAUACCCGAUGGGUCACAUACCUAUGCAAGAAAUGACACAGAUCCUGGAGUGCUUGUACAUUUUGAUCUGAAGCCGGACAAUAGUAAGUUCUGUGUGAUAUCGUUCCACAAGGUCUGUGGAUCUGGUGUUAAGUCAAUAUAG